CCUGCCUCACUCAGACACACACAGCAGCCGUCACGGAACAACGACAGCCAACGGAGGUCAUCACUCCCCGCGCCGCCAGUAUCUGCUUCCUCCGUGGUCCGUGCCUCUGCCUCCUCCGUUCUGGCUCGUUGGAUCCUGUGCCCGUGCGGCCUCCUCUCCUCGUGCGCCGUACUCUCCUUGCCGGUGGCCUGCUUCUGCUUCUUCGUCUGGUUCUGCUUCCACGCUGCAACCCCAAACCGUGACUCUGCUUCUGCUUCCAUGGUGCAACCCCAAAGUGUAGUGUGUAGGUGAAGUCAGUGGGAUUGUGGCAUACAAGUUUAUUCGUGAAGGAGUCUCACCGCUUUAUACUUGCUUGGAGUUGAGGUUGGUACUCUAUCAUUAAAAUGUAAGCAUACCUGAAAGUCAGUGAAGCUUCAAAAUCAAGACAUAGGAAACAGAAACGACCCAAAUCCCUAAUCCCUCCGUCCCCGCGCAUUUUCCUUUCCUUUCUUCUGCAUCACGAAGAAGAAGAAAAAGAUGGUUUCACAGUACGGCUUCAAAUUUGCCAUCCACCUCAUCACCAACCACUUCGGCAAAAUCGUCGCUAAAGUAUGUGAAACACUGUUUCGGAAGGGGCCCCUGUCUCUGGGAGAGAUCAUUCGCAGCACGGAGCUCACUCCGGAGCAAGUCAAGAACUCACUACUCGUCUUAGUUCAGCACAAUUGUGUCCAAGCUUAUGUCCCCGCCGAUCAAUUUAGGGGUGAGGAUGGAUCCAUGGCGACAGUGGAGUACCUGGCAUUAUUCGAUAACAUAAUCCACCGUUUGAGGUUUCCCAAGUUCUUGGAGAUAGCAAAGCACCAACUUGAUGAUGAAUGUGAGAAGGUUCUUGAUGGUUUGCUUCGCGAUGGUAGGCUUACCCUCAAACAGAUGGUUGAAAGAGCAGUCCAAGGAAAAGAAAAUCCUGGUGCUAUAGAAGCUGUUGUUCGAGAGAGCUUUCAUAAACUUUUGAAGGCACACUAUAUUGAACGCUGCCCCGCACCAGAGCCAGUUGUUUCUACACUCAUUAAGGCAGAAUCUGCUCCUAGAAAGCGGGGUUCUAAGAUGGCCAAGAAAUUUGAAGCACCAGAGACAAUAGAACAACGUGUUCUAGAAGCUGCUGUGCCUGGGGAGGCAAUCAGAUUUGCUGUUACAGCAUAUACACUAGGUAAUGCUGAUAGAGAAGCAAAAUCAGAUGAUUCCUCCAUGGUAAAUGAUGGAGAUAAUAGUGGUGGUAUUGCAAACGAGGGGUCAAUACUUUGGCGUGCAAAUUUUGAGGAAUUUAUACGGCAUCUUAGGCAUAAGUUAUUGGUCGAGAAUGAAAGAAAGCGACUGGAUGAUGGAGCUGCAACUAUCUUAAGUGCCAUAUUGGAUGUGACUAAAACUGUUGAGAAAAAAGUGAAAAUAGAGAAAUCAGCUCCCCUAUCGCUGGAUUCAAUAUUUACUGAAGUGACGAAAACUGAACAUGGUCGUACUAUGACUAUAGAUCGUGUUAGAGCUUCUCUAGUACAGCUGGGUUGUCCACAGAGGAACUUCGAUGAUUCAUAUAGUAUUGAUUUGAAGAGCAUUGUUGAAAUGGCUAGAAAUGAGGAGGUUGAGUCAAUUGUGUUGAAAAGAUUUGGAAGUGAUGCGUACAGAAUAUUUAGGCUCCUGUCAAAGUCUAACUGUUUUCUUGAGACAGAUAAGAUAGCAGAGUCCGCUCUUGUCGAUAAAAAGGAAACUCCUAGAUUACUAUACAAGUUAUGGAAGGAUAACUACUUGUAUAUGGAGAAAUUAGUUGUAACUGCAGCUAAGCAAUCAAGAUUUAUGUUGUGGAAAGUUAAUAAGCCUCUGCUUUGGGAAUAUGUGCUGGACGAGAUGUACCAUGCUGCCUUAAAUUUGAGCUUAAGAUUGGCUUUUGAGCAGGAAAAGGAUGAAGAUCUAUUGCACGUUCCUGCAGACAAGUUGGUUCCUGCAGACAAGUCAAGCGAAGCAAAUGCGCUACAGAAGAGAUACCGGCGACUAAGAGAUGUCCUCUUUCUCAUGGGAUCAUCAUUGAUGAAACUUGAUGAUGCUCUGAUGCUUUUCCAUGACUUCUGAAUGUAACUUCUAGAUUAAGCAAAGGUUACAGACUUGACAUUUUAAUAUUGCCAAAGAAUUUGCAAUUCUAUUGUUCAGGUUCAGGAAUUAUAGCAUGCAACGGAGUGCUGUGCGCAGAUAGAUCAUAGAAGUGGUGAUUUAUGUAAUAGAUUCUUUUCUAACGAGGGAAAGAAGGGGUUCCCCCCGGGGGGGUGUUUGGAGGGAACAAUAAGUUGUAUAUUUCCAUGGAGUUCAUUCAUUGAUUUUAUUAAUGCGCAUCAAUAUCACUUU